AUGAAGAACAAUUUGAGCAAUAGCACAAGGCUCAUCCUUCUCCACCCUUACAUUCAAAAGCAAGGGAGCUCCAACCGUCUAUGGCUUCUUGCUCUAGUCUCCUUCCUCACUCUAGCAUUCCUCGCCACGCUCAUCUACACGCGUGAGUCGAUCACGACCACCUCCACCGUCGCGGCUGUGGUGGCCGCGGCCAACCCCCGGCUCUCGGCCUCCGUGUCGAGGGCCUUGAUCCACUACGCCUCCAACUCCAACAACUCCGACCACAUGACCUACACCGACAUGAAGCAGAUCUCCGACGCCCUCCGCCAGUGCUCCCAGCCGUGCAACCUGCUCGUGUUCGGCCUCACGCCGGAGAGCCUCCUCUGGCGGGCCCUCAACCACAACGGGAGGACCGUCUUCAUCGACGAGAACCGCUACUACGCCGCCUACGUCGAGGAGAAGUACCCAGAGAUCGAAGCCUACGACGUGCAGUACGCCACGAAGCUGAGCGAGAUGAAGGAGCUGAUUGCGGCCGUGAAGGAGCAGGUAAGGAACGAGUGCAGGCCGGUGCAGAAUCUCCUCUUCUCCGAGUGCAAGCUAGGCCUCAAUGACCUCCCCAACCAGCUCUACGAGGUCGAGUGGGAUGUGAUACUCGUGGAUGGGCCCCGGGGAUACUGGCCGGAGGCGCCAGGGAGGAUGGCGGCCAUCUUCACGGCAGCGGUGCUCGCCCGGAGCAAGAGGGGAUCCAACCCUAAGACGCAUGUGUUCGUGCACGAUUUCAACAUGAAGGUAGACCGAGUCACGAGCGACGAGUUCCUCUGCCGAGAAAAUUUGGUGAAAUCAACGGAUACAAUGGGCCACUUCGUGCUCGACAGAAUGGAUAGCAACGCUGUGCAAUUCUGCCGGAACACCCAUUCGCCGCCAUCCAACUCCUCGUGAUCCGGUUUGCUACACCCUCUGUGUUUUUCCUGUAAUAAUCACUAGGGGAUAAUUUAAUUGAUUUUCGCAUUUUUUGUCCCUUUUGAUAUCUGUAUUCUGUACUUUUCUGUCAAAUUCAAGAAAUCUUUCCUCUGUAUACCA